AAACGUGAGGAGUUGUUCAUCACCUCCAAGCUCUGGUGUACUGAUCAUGACCCUCAAGAUGUCCCGGAGGCCUUGAACAGAACUCUACAGAAUCUACAGCUUGACUACGUCGAUCUUUAUCUUAUCCACUGGCCUGUUCGGAUGAAGAAAGGUUCCGUUGGAGGUUAUAAGACCGAGGAUCUUUUGCCUGUAGAUAUUCCUAGCACAUGGAAAGCGAUGGAAGCACUCUAUGAUUCGGGCAAGGCAAAAGCCAUAGGUGUAAGCAAUUUCUCCACCAAGAAAUUAGCUGAUCUCUUGGAGUUAGCUCGUGUUCCUCCUGCUGUUAACCAAGUCGAAUGUCAUCCUUCUUGGAGACAGACUAAGCUACGAGAGUUUUGCAAAUCCAAAGGUGUUCACCUAAGUGGAUACUCUCCGUUGGGUUCUCCAACGUGGCUCAAGAGCGAUGUUCUGAAGAACCCGAUACUGAAUAUGGUCGCAGAAAAGCUCGGGAAGUCUCCUGCUCAAGUCGCGCUUCGCUGGGGACUCCAAAUGGGGCACAGUGUGCUUCCCAAGAGUACCAAUGAAGGAAGAAUGAGAGAGAAUUUUGAUGUUUUCGACUGGUCAAUACCUGAUGACUUGUUCGUUAAGUUUUCUGAGAUUGAACAGGCAAGGUUAGUGACUGGUUCCUUCUUUGUUCAUGAGACACUGAGCUCUUAUAAGUCUAUUGAAGAAUUAUGGGAUGGCGAGAUAUGAUUUUUACCACAUCUGUUUGAUAUGUUAUGUUUUCUCUGAUGGACUUGUCCAUUUCUUAUGGAUGUUAUCCACUGAUAUAUCAAAUUUGUUUCUAUUGAAUAAUUUUUAUUGAAAAGAAUCUUACUCUACAUUUUGUAAUGUAUUGUAGUUAUCUCAAGAAACCGGAAAUAUGAUGUUUUCAUAUAUGGUUGUAAACA